CUCUAUUCUCUCCCCUCAUUCCUUACAAGUACUCCAAUUCCAAUUCUUUCUCUUCUAGUAAAAAGAUGAAAGAAAAUAUGGCAAAGUCCUCCUAUUUGAUACCCUUUUAUUUCACGAUUUUGUGCAUCAUAAGCCGUAUAGUUUCAAUCUUAGCAAGAGUAAAACCAUGGAAUACAAACACUCUCACAACGACAUAUGCUCAUCAAUUUCUUUCUCUUGAUAUGUUUGAUUCUUAUAAGUUCCGGGUCGACUCAGAUUCCAUCCGGACAGCUUCAUCCGACUUCGGAAAAAUUCAUCAUGACAUCCCAUCGGCAGUUCUUUAUCCAACUUCCGUUAACGAUAUCAUUCAAAUCGUUAACUUGUCGUACAAUUCAUCCGUCCCUUUCAAUAUAGCCGCCCGAGGGCACGGCCACUCGGUCCGGGGACAAGCCAUGGCCCGGAAUGGAGUGGUGGUUGAGAUGGGUUCUUUAAGUAGUAGUUAUAAUAAUUACGGUGGCCGGAAUCACCCUGAUCGGAGGAGGAAGCUGGCGGAGGAGGAGGAUUAUAAUGUGGUGGUGGGUUGGAACCCUAGAUUAGGGUAUUAUGCAGAUGUUGGAGGUGGAGAGCUUUGGAUUGAUGUGUUGAGAAAGACAAGGGAGUAUGGAUUAUCACCUUUGUCAUGGACGGAUUAUUUGUACCUUACUGUCGGUGGUACUCUCUCCAAUGGUGGAAUCAGCGGCCAAUCCUUCCGAUAUGGCCCUCAGAUCAGCAAUGUUCUUGAACUCGAUGUUGUCACGGGAAAAGGGCAGCUGGUGACAUGCUCCAAGGAUAUCAACUCAGAGUUAUUUUAUGCAGUUUUAGGAGGCCUUGGCCAGUUUGGAAUCAUAACAAGGGCUAGAAUUGUGUUGGACAAAGCACCUACAAGAGUUAAAUGGUUGAGAAUGCUGUACCAAGAUUUCUCCAGCUUUACAAGAGACCAAGAAUAUCUAAUUUCAGUUACCAAAAAUGGCCCCGACUACGUAGAAGGUUCCUUAAUCAUGCGACAAAGCCCUCCAAACAACUGGAGAUCAUCAUUUUUCUCCGAAUCUCAUCAGUCCAAAAUUAAUUCCUUGUUAUCCGAACAAGGAAUUCUCUACUGCUUAGAAGUUGUCAAGUAUUACGAUGACCAAACCGCUCAAACUGUUGAUCAGGAAAUUGAAAAUUUGAUGGAGGGUUUGCAAUAUAUGCCCGACUUUGUAUUCAAGAGAGAUGAAAAUUAUGUGGAUUUCCUGAAUCGAGUUCGAUAUGGGGAGUUGAAGCUUCAAUCCAAAGGAUUAUGGGAUGUUCCACAUCCAUGGCUGAAUCUAUUUGUACCAAAAUCUGGUAUUAUGGAUUUUAAUGCCGGCGUUUUCGUCGACAUCCUCCUCAAACAAAACAAGUCCGCCGGACCCAUUCUUGUCUACCCAACAACCAAGCAAAAGUAAUCCUUAAAUUUGACAUCCUCACUAAUUAUUCCAUUUAGAGAUUAAUCAUCAUUAGUAUAAAUAUGGGACUAAUUUUUUAUUAUUUUUUUUUGGGGUGUUUAAUUUUAAUAGGUGGGAUGAUAGAAUGUCUGCUGUGACACCACAAGAAGACACAUUUUACUGUGUGGGGUUUUUGCAUUCUGGAAAUGAUGAAGAUUGGAAGGCUUUGGAUGACCAAAACAACGAGAUAUUAGAGUUUUGUGAAGAAAAUGGUAUCAAAAUUAAGCAAUAUCUUCCACAUUACAAAACUGAGGAAGAUUGGGAGAACCAUUUCGGAUCGAAAUGGAACACGUUUCGGGAAAGAAAAGCUCGGUUUGACCCGAAAAUGAUACUGUCUCCAGGGCAAAGAAUUUUCAAUUGAGAUUAAUAGAGAUCAAUUAGAUAGAUAGAUAGGCAGAUAGGCACUAAUCAGUCUCCCAGAGCAGUUCUUGAGUUAGGUAGAGAUUGUAGAUUGGACAAAAUCCUUUUAUUGAAUAUUCGGCUCCUUAAUUUGUAACAACUCUCUAUUUCACUGAAGAAGCAAAUAAACUUUUUUUUCCCUCACAAUAUGUUUUUUUCUUCCCGCUAGAGAGCUUUUUAUUGCUUGGGCCGUU